AUGUCUUUAAAGAAGUUUUCUUUUUAUCUUAAUCUAUCUUCUCUAUCUAUCUAUCUAUCUAUCUAUCUAUCUAUCUAUCUAUCUAUAAUUAUUUACCUGAUGACUUCAUGUUUAAACUCGCUCACAGCGUUACAGCUAGCUAUCUCACUUUUUCUCUCUCUUGUUAUCUAUCACUUUAUGUUACUUUCUUUUUUUGCCUCUCUCUAUAUAUAUCUACCUCUUGUUAUAUAUCUUUUUCCCUAUCUAUAUUUCGUUCCCUUUCGCGCGCUCUUUCUUUCUCUAUUGCUAUAUAUUGCUCUUUUUUAUCUAUCUUAUUUUCUCUCUCUCUUUAUCUAUAUUUCUCUCUCUUUCGUUCUCUCUAUAUAUAUAUGUAUGUAUCUAUCUCACAUCCUCUCUCUCCCUCUCGCUAUCUAUCUCUUUAAUUAUAUUUGUUUCUCUUUCGCUAUCUAUCUAUCUAUCUAUCUAUCUAUCUAUCUAUCUAUCUAUCUAUCUAUCUAUCUAUCUAUCUCUUGCUAUAUAUCUCCCGUUUCUAUAUUUUUUUUCUUUCGUUCUCUCUCUUUCUCUCUUGCUAUAUCUCUCUCUCUAAAUUUCUUUCUCUUUCGCUAUCUAUCUAUCUAUCUAUCUAUCUAUCUAUCUAUCUAUCUAUCUAUCUAUCUAUCUAUCUAUCUAUUUCUUUAUUUAUCCAUUAACAGUGAAUUUGUUUCCGAGUGCGAAAUGAAUAUAACCCUGCAAUACGAUAUGAAUCCCUUCUCAACUUGUACUUUGUGA